AAAAGAAAUUAAGUCUUUCUUGUGUUUCUCAGUUAAGAUAGUUUAUAGAAGUCGGAAUUAAACCUAAAGUGAAUAUAAUAUGGCCGCGUCCAUUGCACUUAUCUUUAUGUUUUACAUUGGAUAUUGCAAUGUAGUUUGUGGGAAUACAGAGCAAUGUACAGAUGAGACCGAUGUUUUGAUUUCAUUCGGUGAGACUUGCAGCGAAGGUGAUGGCAAUUGUCAAGAGUUUAUCUUUGAUGGGAAAAACCUGGAAGAUUUUGAGCGAGAUAUAGCAAGAUAUAUUGAAAACAAAAUAUUGAAACCCGCAAACGGUGGGAACAUACCUGAAGACUAUACCACAUCUUCUGAGUCAUUAUCUACUGACAUAGAAAUGACGUCUGAAGCACCAGUGAACACAACACAAGCUAGCACCGUUUCGGAAAGUCACCAAUGUUUCCGAGUCAUCUACUAUUUUCCAAAUAAAAAUCAAAUAACUGAUUUCGUUAAAAUCAACAAAACGAUGCCGACACUGACCGAAGCUACAAUAUGUGCCUGGGUAACACCACUUCCAAGCUCAACGGUUUCAGGGGCGUUAUUCAGCUACUUUACAGAGCAUAGUUAUCUCGGGAACACACUUCUACUAUUUUUUCCGAAAAAUCAGAAUGAGCUCCAAGUGCAUGUUAAUUAUCGGUAUGCAGAACUUGCACCGAGUUUUUUAUGGACGUCUCGUAAAAGAAGUCAUAUCUGUGUCGUUGUUUCAACUAUUACUGAUAAUGUAAAAAUGUAUGUAAACGGCAGCAUAUACGGACAACAAAAUUUUUCAUUCGCCAAAUCGAAUAUACCUGGGAAUGGGACGGCUAUAAUUGGGCAAGAACAAGACGAUAACGGGGGUGCGUUUGAUAAAAAACAAUCAUUUUCUGGAACAGUGGAGAAUUUUCUAAUGUGGAAUCGUAUCCUCGAUGAUAGCGAGAUCAAUAAAAUACACGCUGCAGAGUGUGAUUGUGAGAGUAAUUCUAUCUUGUCACCAACUCGUGAUUUGUUUGAAAUUCACGGGAACGUAAAUGCUACGUAUAAAGAUUGCUAAUCAACUUUAUCAUUUAUACAACUAAACCAAAAUAAAAUUCUGAAGAAGGACAUAAAAAUUUCAGAUGCUAAUAUGAAAAAGAACGGAAAUUAUUUACAGUAAAACAGUCGUACACAGAUCUCCCCGAACAAAGCUACUUUGCAGUCUGCAUGUUUAAUAACAACAUCACAUUUGUCGCAUUUUAUUAUCCAAGAUAAUAUUUGUACGUAUUUAGUGGAUAAUUUAGCUAUACGAGGACUAUAAUUUGUUGUGAAUAAUAAAAUUAAUCUUUGAAUGUUGCAGUACAUAACUUUGUGAAAAAAUGAUUAAAAUUUAGUAUUUAACACGUUCUGAUAUUUUGUUCGUAUAAACAUUGAAGUUGAACUAUACGCAUGGGCAAUUUCAGUAUAUAUGUUUGAUAUUUCUUUACUUUUCUAUGUAUUUAUAUAUUACUUGCUUUGUAUUUAAACGGAAAAUCAUAUUAAACAACGCUGAGACC